AUGGAUGUCGGUACCAGUCUCAAUCCAGCUAUCGACGUCGGCCAGAUCGAAGGCGCUUUUGUUCAGGGACUCGGCAUGUUUACGCUGGAGGAAGUGCGAUGUUCUCAGAAUGGCACCCUAUGGACGACAGGGCCUGGGACCUACAAGAUUCCUGGAUUUGCAGAUAUUCCGGUGGAGUUCAAUGUCCAUCUUCUUCAGAAAGCUCCAAACGACAUGGCUAUUUAUUCUUCGAAGGGCGUUGGAGAACCUUCUUUGUUUCUAGCUGCAUCUGUGUUCUUCGCUAUUAAAGAGGCCAUCACCGACGCCAGACGUGAAUCAGGUGUUGAAGGAAUCUUCAGACUGGACAGUCCUGCUACCAGUGAGCGAAUCAGAAUGGCUUGUGUUGACCAGUUUACACAACAGUUUACCACCGUUGUGGAUCCCAGCGUGAAGGACUUUAAUGUGUACCCAUGA